AUGUUCGUGCCGGUGAUCGACAUCUCGCCCUUCGUUAAUGAAUCCGCCAGCUCCAGCGCCGCGCGCGACCGAGUGGUGGAGCAAGUGGCGGACGCCUGUCGCAACGUCGGCUUCCUGGUCAUCACCAACCACGGCGUUCCCCCUGAAACCAUCAGCGCAGCGUUCGAAGCUGCGCGGGACUAUUUCGACCAACCGUCGGACGUCAAGAUGCAGGUCCCCAUGUCCCCCGAGUACCCCUACGGCUACGAGAGCGCCGAGAUCCUGUCCAACUCGCGCGAAAAGGACGACGGGAAGGCUCUCCCCGACCUGAAAGAGACCUUCCAAGUGUGUGUCGGACCGGAAGGACGCGAGCUCAACGUCCCGACCCGAUGGCCCGAAGGACCCGAGGGGUUUAAGGACGCCAUGACGACGUACUACCGGAGCGUGGAGAAGCUCGCGGCGCUCAUGAUGAAGGUCUUCGCCUGUGCGUUGAAGCUGCCGAGAGACUUUUUCGACCAGAAGAUCGGCAACCACAUGUCAUCGCUGAGGAUCUUGAAUUACCCGCAUCAAGACCAAGAGCCUGGCACGGAGCAGAUCCGAGCGUCGGCGCAUACGGACUACGGCAGUCUGACGAUCUUGGCGGUGGACGACGCUCCUGGAGGGCUGCAAGUGCGUGAUUUACAAGGAGAGUGGCACAGUGUGAAGGCCCCCGCCAACUCGUACGUGGUCAACCUCGGAGAUUUGAUGCAGCACUGGACCAACGAUAAGUGGCGCUCGACGAUGCACCGAGUGAUCAACCCGCCGUCGGGCUGCGCCAACAACCGACGUCAGUCCAUCGCCUUUUUCCACAAUAUCAACGCCGAUACCAUUGUGGAAUGCAUCCCAACGUGCCAGUCUCCGGAGAACCCGGCCAAAUACCCGCCAGUACUUGCCGGUGAAUAUCUGAUGAUGAAGCACAACGCUGCCGUCGGAAGCUGA